AUGAGCGCGGCCCCGGGCACCUCCCGCGCUCCCCAGCCGCUGCUCCGCUUCGCCGACGGCACGGGCGGGCCGGGCGGCGGGCGGGCAGGGGGUGGCGGCGGCCCGGGGCCGUGCCCCUGUCCCUGUCCCUGCUCGGGGGGGCCGCGGAAGCGGCGGCGGACCACGUUCAGCCGGGGCCAGCUGUCGGAGCUGGAGCGGGCCUUCGCCGCCGUGCCCUACCCGGACAUCGCCACCCGGGAGCGCCUGGCAGAGCUCACCCAGCUGCCCGAGGCCAAGAUCCAGGUCUGGUUCCAGAACCGCCGCGCCCGCAGGAUCCGUAGCGCCAAGCCGGAGCCGCCGCCGCUGCCGCCGCUACCGCCGAUGCCGCCUCCCGGGGAGCGGGGUCCCCCCGCGGCAUCUCCCGACGGCGGCAUCCCGUGCCCGGCCCCCGCCCUGCCGCCGCCGGGAUCCCACAGCCCCGCUCGGGGCCUCCCCACCUCGCUGGGCUCCAUCUCCGACCUCAUCUACAGCGCGGCCAUCACCAACCUGGGCGAGCCGUAG